AACAUGAUGAGAAAAAGCUUUUGAGGAGGAUGUCACAGAUUCCAGUCCAUUCAAAGGAGAGGACCUUCUUUUAUGCAGGUGUUUGAAUACCUGAAGAGGCUCGUUCAUAGCUUUUAUGAAAAAGUCUACGGCAUUACAUUUCGAGAAAUCGGUGAGAAAAUACUUUUCACCGGGCGGAGACAUAUCAGUGACUAGACGAGGGUGAUCAAGAGCUUUCCUAUGGUGGCCAGCCAACAGCUGGCCAUGGGCAACGGUUCAAUCAAAGCCCCACGGCCAGAGGACAGCUUCCUGGCCUCCAGCCUCAAGGUGUGUGACACGGAGCCCUUGAGACUCAGGAUAGCCCGCCUGGAAGAAGAGCUGGCCCAGAGGGACCAGGAGUUAAAAUCCCAGGAGCUGCAGCUGCAGAGCCUGCAGAGAGAGCUGGAGGCUAAAGUCUCCCAGAUAGAAAAGCUUCAGGAUGCCAUCGGCUACAACAGUCUAGGCCGCUCCCCUCUGACUCCCAACUGCCACCGCCUGCUCAGUGUCAUCAACCAGGGUCCCACCCGCUUCCACAGGGUGGCUGUGGAGGUCCACCGUAGGCUCAAGGCCAAGGAGGGCGUGUCGGCCGAGCCCACCUCAGGGCACUUCUGCGGGGGUUUCAGAGUCCACCAUGUGUCCAUAGAGAGGGGACGCGUUCGCAAGGACUCCAGAACCAAGAAGCUGAUCAAUGAUGCCAUCAUGAACAAUGACUUCCUGAAGAAGUUGGAUCCGCAGCACAUGAGGGAGAUGGUGGACUGCAUGUAUGAGAGGAUUUACACUGAGGGCCAACUGGUCAUCCAGGAGGGAGAACCAGGGAACUUCCUCUAUGUGCUGGCAGAUGGCCUGCUAGAGGUCAUGCAGAACGGCAAAUUGCUCGGAGAGAUGCGUCCCAGGACAGCCUUUGGAGAGUUGGCUAUAUUGUACAACUGUAAGAGAACUGCAACAGUGAAAGCUGUAUCCCAGGCUCAUAUCUGGGCUCUGGACCGGCAGACCUUCCAGAGUAUUAUGAUGAAAUCUACACAGGCUACGCAAGAAGAGUACUUCAGCUUCCUACGCAGUGUAUCUCUGCUGAGAGACCUGCCAGAAGAGAAGCUUGCCAAAAUCGUUGACUGUCUGGAAAUUGACUAUUUUGAUAAAGGAGAGUAUAUCAUUCGGGAGGGCGAGGAAGGGAACACAUUCUUCAUUAUAGCUAAAGGAGAGGUGUGUGUCACCCAGACCACAGAGGGCUGUACUGAGCCACAGGAGAUAAAGACUCUGGGUGUGGGCGACUACUUUGGAGAAAAAGCACUCAUAAGUGAGGAUGUGCGUUCAGCAAACAUCAUCUCCACUGAGAAUGACACACAGUGCUUGGUGGUGGACAGAGACAACUUUAACCAGAUGGUGGGAACUUAUGAGGAACUGCAGGCGUACCUGAAGGAAUACGUUGAAGAGCUCUCCCGAUGCGACGAGAGAAGAAAUGCACUGCCCCUUUCCCCCCUUAUCGACUCGUCCCCAGAGGCCCAGGAGGUGUGUCGGCUCAGGGAGAGGAUCGCCGUCAUCCCUACGCAUGACCCCUUCCAGGACUUGGAGGUCAUAGCAACACUGGGCAUGGGCGGCUUCGGCCGAGUGGAGCUGGUGAAACUGAGAGAUGAAGAUACCACAUUUGCUCUGAAGUGUAUAAAAAAGAAGCACAUUGUGGACACAAGACAACAGGAGCACAUCUACUCUGAGAAGAACAUCCUUCAGCAGACCAACUCACACUUCAUAGUCAGGUUGUUUCGGACAUUCCGAGAUGACAAAUAUGUAUACAUGCUACUGGAGGCCUGCCUGGGUGGGGAGCUGUGGAGUGUACUACGGGACAUGAGUUCCUUUGAGGAGCAGACAGCCCGCUUCUGCAUUGCCUGUGUCCUGGAAGCCUUUGACUACCUCCACGCCAGAGGAAUCAUCUACAGAGACCUGAAACCUGAGAACCUACUACUGGAUGCAGAAGGCUAUGUCAAAAUGGCAGACUUUGGUUUUGCUAAGAGGAUAGGCCUGGGGAAGAAGACAUGGACGUUCUGUGGGACCCCAGAGUAUGUGGCUCCAGAGGUCAUCAUGAACAAGGGCCAUGACUUUGGAGCUGACUGUUGGUCUCUGGGGAUCCUCAUCUUUGAGCUACUGACUGGCAGUCCACCCUUUUCCGGAACUGACCCCAUUAAGAUCUACACCAUGGUCCUCCAUGGGAUUGAAAAGGUUGACUUCCCCAAGAGGAUCAGCAAGCGCCCCGAUGACCUUAUCAGGAGACUCUGCAAGCUUAACCCUGUGGACAGGCUUGGUAAUAAGAAGAACGGCAUCAUCGACAUUAAGAAACACAAGUGGUUCCAGGCCUUUAACUGGGAGGGGCUGAGAUGCCAGAAGCUCAUAUCACCACUGAAGAGAGAGCUGAAGGGGCCGAUGGACCACAGCCACUUUGACAUAUUUCCCCCAGAGCUGGAGGAGACACCAGACGAGCUGUCAGGCUGGGACAAGGACUUCUGAGGUGCCCUGGAGCCUCUACACCCUAAAGCCUUUUGUCUAUAUAGGUGGUGUACCUCUACUACCUUGCGCUAGUGUUCCGCUAGUGCAGUGAACUGUGCUAUCUGCCUCAAAAACAAUCAACUCCACAGAAGCAGCCAUGACUGAAUACUGUAAUCCCAUCUCUUCCCCGUGGUUGCCAUACUUGCCAUACAUUUGACAUCAUGACUGCCUGCCUGUUACUGCCUUUCUUGCCUGCAGACGGAGAAGAUUGCCUCCUUAAGAAUUGUGUUUUAGGUUUUUGGCCGGAAGAGCAGUGUGUGAAGUGCCACAUGAAACUCUCAUGAGACAACAAGGACAUUCAUCAAGUGAUUGAAAGACUGAGUGCCAAAACCCCUCAUCUCAGUCCAUUGGGUUAUUUCCCUCAGACAGCAACUGAUGGAGGACAAUGGAAAUAAAUAGAAAAGCUUAUUUAUUGUUACAUUUAAAACCAUUGCGUUUUGGCUUUUUGCUUUCUUCAAGGUUUUUAAAGAAGUAAACCAAAAUGAGGUUUUAUACAUUUCAAAAAAGUCUCUUAUGGACUCGGACCAAUCACAAUGAGAAAAGUUAAACAAAAUAUGAUGUGAUUAAAUGAGUAGCAGAAAUCAGAACAAUUGUCCUUGCCAUAUCACACUCAAUACAUACUACGCACACUACUUCUGAAGCCUACCAAAAGGCAAAACACGUUGGUUUGACAAUAAAACAACUUUUUUAUUUACUUCAUCAA